UCUUCUGUUUUACUUUUUUGCCUUAAUCCUUAAACCAGGUAGCUCACCCCACUUCAGGGGACGUAGCUCCUGCCAGCUUUCCUCGUCAACAAUUCCAGUAUACACUGGAUAAUAACGCCCUAAGCCUGGAGCAGAGGCAAUUUUAUGAAGAAAAUGGAUAUCUUGUCAUUAAAAAUCUGGUAUCUGAUGCUGAUAUUCAACGCUUUAGGGACGAGUUUGAAAGAAUCUGCAAACGGGAGGUGAAACCAAUGGGAAUAACGGUCAUGAGAGAUGUGGCCCUUGCAAAAUCAGAAUUUGUCCCAAGUGAAAAAGCCAUUACAAAGGUCCAAGAUUUCCAAGAAGACGAAGAACUCUUCAGAUACUGCACCCUCCCCGAGAUUCUGAAAUAUGUGGAGUGCUUCACUGGACCCAAUAUUUUGGCCAUGCACACGAUGCUGAUAAACAAGCCUCCGGAUACUGGCAAGAAGACUUCCCGCCACCCCCUACACCAGGACCUGCACUAUUUCCCCUUCCGGCCCAUCAACAACAUCGUGUGUGCCUGGACGGCGAUGGAGCACAUCGACAGGAACAACGGCUGUCUGGUUGUGCUUCCGGGCACCCACAAGGGCCCCCUGAAGCAGCACGACUACCCCAAGUGGGAGGGGGGCGUCAACAAAAUGUACCACGGGAUUCAGGACUAUGAUGAGAACAACGCGCGAGUGCACCUGGUGAUGGAGAAGGGAGACACUGUUUUCUUUCAUCCUCUGCUCAUCCACGGGUCCGGUCAGAACAGAACCCAGGGAUUCCGGAAGGCCAUUUCCUGCCAUUAUGCCAGUGGGACUGGCUACUACAUUGAUGUGAAGGGCACCAGCCAAGAAAACAUUGAGAAGGAAAUCGUGAACAUAGCGUAUCAACGUUAUGGAUUACAAGGCACGGGCGUCACCAUGAAGGACAUUUGGCACUUCCGAGCUCGGCUUGUGAGAGGGGAACGGCAAACCAUUUGACCCAGCUUGUCGAGUUCGUCUGCUCACAGACACCGGAACUACCAACAGUGGCGAUGGAAAAUGCUUUCUCGAUGCAAUGACGUAAUCUUUCCUAUCCUUUGUUAACCAAGCUGAUGCACGUAGCAGGUAUUCAAUUGCACAUGGGUAAUUUUCGGGUGCUGUGAUUUUGCUCUGACAGCUGUCAGCACCGACUGAACUCACCCCCCUUGCCAUCUGGUUGAUUCCGGCCCUCAGACAGAGUGGAGCCGUCCAUGGAGUUUCCACUGCCGCCAUCUUUAUGCCAUGGGAUGGCUACAUCUUCCUCCUGCAGAGCGGCUGGUAGGUUAGAACCACCAACCUUUCUGUUAGCAACUGAGCACUUACCCACUGCACCACUAGCACUACUUGAAAUUAACUUCGGGUUCCAGCUAAUAAAGUGAUUGAUUGAUUUAA